UUUUAUGUCUUGCAGGAAGAGCCAAGGAGCAAAUCCAAAAUCUGUGCCAAUGUUUUCUGCGGAGCUGGGCGGGAAUGUGCAGUGACAGAGAAGGGAGAGCCAACCUGCCUCUGCAUUGAGCAAUGCAAACCUCACAAGAGGCCUGUGUGUGGUAGCAAUGGCAAGACCUACCUGAACCAUUGUGAGCUGCACCGAGAUGCCUGCCUCACUGGCUCCAAGAUCCAAGUGGAUUACGAUGGCCAUUGUAAAGAGAAGAAGUCUGAGAAUCCAGCUGCGAGUCCAGUUGUCUGUUACCAGUCGGACAGGGAUGAGCUUCGUCGCCGUGUCAUCCAGUGGCUAGAAGCAGAAAUUAUCCCAGACGGCUGGUUUUCCAAGGGCAGCAAUUAUAGUGAAGUCCUGGACAAGUACUUCAAGAACUUUGAUGAUGGCGAUUCUCGCCUGGACUCUACCGAAUUCCUGAAAUUUGUGGAGCAGAACGAGACUGCUGUCAACAUCACAACCUACGUGGACCAGGAGACCAACAAGCUGCUCAGGGGACUCUGCAUAGAUGCCCUCAUCGAGCUGUCAGAUGAAAACGCUGACUGGAAGCUCAGCUUCAAUGAAUUUCUCAAGUGCCUCAGCCCAUCCUUCAAUCCACCGGAGAAAAAGUGUGCCCUGGAAGAUGAAACCUAUGAGGAUGGAGCAGAGACCCAGGUGGAGUGCAACCGCUGCGUCUGUGCCUGUGGGAACUGGGUGUGCACUGCAAUGACUUGUGAAGGGAAGAAUGAGAAGAUGACAGCUCACAGACAACAACCUGGUCAAGAUUUGACUGAGGAGGAGCUAGCUAGAUAUGUUCAGGAGCUGCAAAAGCAUCAGGAGACGGCUGAGAAGACCAAGAAGAUGAGCACCAAGGAGAUGUAAGGGGCCUCCAUAUCGGAGGAGCCCAGGAGGAUGGGCCCAACCUACUGCCCUGUCCUCCAGUGCUGAUCUCAAUAUGCACAAGUGUCUGCUACAGUUGCCCAGUCACAGAUAUUUACAUUGUAUAGCGAUGGGUUAUUUGUUUUGUAAUACACAGAGAAUGGGGCCAGGAAAGGGGAGCAGAGCCCACCAGGUCAGGGAGCUUCGUUGCUGGGGCCUUGGAAGACUGGGGGGAAACUACAGCAGCCCCUGGGUCCCUUCCACAGGGUGACAGUAGUUUCUCAUAGGAGCUAAUGGGGAUUUCUUGUUCCCUUAGAUCUGGGGAAAGGAUGGAGGUCAGUGCUGGAUAGAAGAGGGGGUCUUCAAUUCAUAGUUGUCAGCACCAGCACAGGCCUGACAGUUUUCUGGCUGAGCAUAUGUGCUGCAGGACAUAAUAAGCCAAGGGCAUUGCCCUGCUUACCCUCCACUUUGGUUUGAGCUCCUCAAAGGUGGUCAGCCUCAUGUGACACCUGGAAGUCAUGGUGCCGUGCUGCUGACAAGAGUCCAGCACAUUCCUCCUUACUUUCCACCAGACUGUCCCCAGCAGCUCCUCCAGUACAUUGUGGGCUACAACGCAACACAGUUCCUUUUGACCUCAUCUCACUCUUAACUCUCCUUGCCCUCUCCUUAAAGGUGCUAUCAUAUUUUUUCUUAUCACAUUCACAUGCUGACUCCCCCUUUUGUUUUGUUUUGUUUUUUAUUACUUUAUUUCCUAUGGUAGUGAUUCAGCAUUUGUAUGUUUCGUAGUUCUAGAUCUUUCACGAAAACCCAGCCUGUGGGUUUUUGUUAUUGACAGUGCUGUAAUGCCCCGUGCACAAUUUGUAUCUCACUGCACUCAAGUCACCACAAGCAAGCAACUUGUGAGCCCUAUGCUACAGGGUAUUUCUCACUUGGGGAUUGCAGCGUCCCUCAAUGAACAAAGAGGCAGGGCUGGAUGUAAUUUCUACUAGACACAGGUUGACACUGCAGCUCUCUCUGGCUUUUGCUCCCCUGGCUAGCACUGACCGCCUGCUUAGAGUCUUAAACUGCCCAGAGGGACCUGCUGGGUAGUCUAGAGACAGAGGUAUGAGGCAUGCCAUUAGUAGGUUAACUGCAUAGAAAACUGUUCAAUUGAAGUUUGAGCUGUUAGCCAUCAUCUUGGGUUUUCCAUCUCCCUCUGGGAUAAGGCAGAAGCAUUCAUCUUUAAUUCCAGGUGUGUAUUCAGGGUCAGGGCUAGAACCCUUCUUACUGACACAGUUUUCAGUGUCUCUGAUUAGACCAUUUUUUACUACCUUUUGCUGGUCAUUUUCAAGUAUCUUGUUUCUCAGAGCAUUGGUCCUAGUUAAAAAUGAAAAGCUGUUUUGUUGACAGUCACCUCUCUAGCCUCACGCCCAGCUGAUUUUCUCCUGCAGUUGUCUAGUGUACUUCAUAUACUUACACACCUAAGCAUCCUCUGUCCACAUUCCCUUCAUGUCCUUGCUGUGCAUCCCAAGCAGUGGCACAUCUCUGAAUCAAGAGGACUGCCUGUGACUUCUAUCUUCCUGUUUCUGAACAACUUCAGCAAUUGUUGCCAGGUGUCUUGCAGUCCAUAGUGCUUACUGAAGCGAAACUCAGCCUGCAUCAGCAGAAGCAUGUUCUGCUUGAGAGAAGAUGAGCAGGGCAUGCAUCUCCACCUUUCCUUGCUGGCGCAAUGUUUUCCUUGAAGAAGAAGACUGAGCUGGUGUCUUGCAAAUGUAGGAAAAGAAGAGAGCUUGAUCCCUCCUGUGGUCUCUCCUGAGAACCAUGAUUAUUCAAAGUUGUCUGGUCUUUGAGCUGUAUUCUUGAUGUUAAUCCAGAGAACUUCCAUUGACUGAUGCAGUGCCACGUCUGCUGUGGGAAUCAUAACCUACUGUGCCACGUUUGGAUGUUGUGGCACAGUAAGUACAGAAUGGGACUGGUUCUUGCAGGGGUUCUUCUUCCAUGAAGAUCCAGAUUUGAGAAGCUAGGAUCUGUGAUUUGAGUGGAUGAGUCCAUAGGAGCUGUAAAUAAUGCAGGACUACACUGCGAGUCACUGUGUUCUGGUGACCCUGAAGGAGAUGUUUGGUGGAGCAGGAGUGCUCAUUAGACAUCUCCUAGCUCCUUCCUUAGAGAGGGACAAAGCAGCAUCAUGUGCUGGUUCUGGAGUCACAGGAACAUAGUUAAUAAAUAUUUUGCUUUAUUCUGCCCCAACUCAUGCCUCCCAGCUCACUACCUUGCAACUUGGAUCAUUGAAGUGCCUUAGAAAAAACACAACAGCUUGCCUUAAAGGCUAUCCCUGGAUGGGAAGAACAUCUUAUUGUCCAGGCAGGAAGAUCUCCAACUGGGAGAAGCAAAGCAUGGUGCAGGAGACAUCUAUGCAGAAGGGCUUCUGUUGGCUUAAUUCUCCAGUCCCCUUCCUGCUUCCUGCAGAUGUUGUAGUCUGUGAGGAUGCCUGCUGGGGUAGGCUGGAGAAUUGUAUGCUAGCAGUCAAGAUUCACAGAGCUUGCACUUGGACUGAGGCCAGGGAAUGGCUGCUCCUUCAGGCAAGGCAAGCUAAGCUCUCUUAACAAGCCAUGUAACAUAUCCUAGGACAAUGUGGUGUAGGGGUGCAGUGAAUGUGCCCCUAUGGAAAGAGGUGCUACCAGUGUAGCUCUUCCCUCCUUGUACCCUCAGAGGGAAUAUGUGACUAUGGAGAACAAUGGUGGUUGGAAAGGCUAACUAUGGUAACCACAUGAGACUCACCUGCCUUGGAUAUCCUUGGAGAUUCUCAUCUGGCCUACUCACAACAGGUAGGGGGGUCACUGUCAUCUGCAGGGUGACUUGGCUGUUGAGGAAGGGAGUGCUGAGUUCCAGGUGUUGCCCUCUGGGACAAUUGCUGUAGAGACUGCAAGUGGCAGGGAAGGCACUACUUUAAAAAAACAAAUUUAAGCAACAAACAAGUCCUACUCUUCCCUCUAUAUUCCCUCCUGUACGUGUGUGAAGUUUAUCAGUAUUCUGUAGGUUUCCUUAGUGCACUUAUUUUACUUGAUUUUGUAAUAUUUUGAAGCGGGGGUGGGGGGGUUGGAUAUUACUGCCAAAUAAAAUUUAAAAAAGAA